ACAAUGCAUGAAAUUGUAAAUCUGUUCAUAAUUUACUCUUUAUCGUCGUAAUUUGGAAACUCAUACACUUGCAACUGGUACUAUAUUUGAUAUUCAACGUAUUCUUAAUGAAAACUAGCGGAGUUCGCCAAUAAAUCAACAUACCCGAACUGCAGUAUGUCAAGAACGCCUCGCACUUCCCGAGCAAAAAGUAGCGGAGUGCGACCUUUAGGUGCGAUGCGUUUGGUUCAGGGUAACCCAGGCUUAGUCACACAUAAUAGAAAUGAUCCAGCCCUGCACAUCAACCAGAUAAGAAAAAGUGAAACUGACGUAACAAUUACACAACCAAACAGAGACUUUGCGAAAGAACGAGAAUAUCAGGAAAAAGAAAGAAAGCUACGAGAUCAAAUCGCAUCACUACAAAAUCAAAUAUUGCAAUUAAAACAAGAAAUUAAACAGAAAAAUGAAUCUUACAAUCAGCUGCAAGAAACUGUACUAAUGAAAGAUAAACAGCAUGAGGAAAGCUUGCUACAGAUGGAAGGGGAAACAAAUAAAGUAAAACUUGAAUUAAAUGAAAGCAAAGCUGCUGAAUUAGAAGCAACAAAACAACUUAAAACUGCAACAUUGGAUUUUGAAGCAAAAUUGAAAAAGAUUAUUGAAGAGUAUGAAAAGAAACUAAAAGACCUGGCAGAGGAAAAAGACAAAGAGCUUGAAGAAAAAGAUGUUAAGUUUGGCAUACUCAAAAAACGAAUGGCUGAAAGUCUUGGAAAAAAUUCAAUGGAGAGACAACAACAGCUGGAAGAAUUGAAACGAGAUCUGAUCAAGCAAUCUCAGGAGGCAAAGGAACUUCAGCACAAACUUAAACACUUCCAACUAAAACCCAAACAAUGUGAAAAUUGCAGCAGGCUAGAGGAAAAAUUGGAAGAAAAAAUCCUUCAAAUUCGGUUGAAAGAAAAAACAAUAAAUGAUUUGCAGGGAAUUGGAAGGAAAAUGCAACUUCAGUUGCACCAGCAGGAUUAUGUGUUGGAUGGAAUGAGUUCAAAGAAAUAAAUAUUGGGACAACUUAUUGGGACUACCUCGGUCACAUGCCCUUGCCAUGACAACCAUUUGAUGCAUACCAACUGACUAACUAUAGUAGCAACAACAAACUUUAUUAAGACAAAUUGUGUUUUUAUAACGUUUCUUUUUAAACUCCGCCGGUCUGUAGCAAAUAUUAAAUAGAAUCAAAAUUUGUUUAAUUGGACCAUUUUAGGGUCAAAUUUAUAAUGAAAAGGUUUUUUUUAAAUUUAAAGUAGUUGAUAACAAAUAGCUACUUUUAUCAUUGUUGCAAAAAACCUCAUUAGCAUAAUAUACUGCAAUAUUACAUUCUUUAUUCUUACAGUUUCGUGAUACCAAACUACCGUAAACUUUGCCAAUGUAUUUUCUAAAUUACUUUAUAGAAGUAGAAUAUUUUGGUUCUUUCUAGUCUAGAAUGUUUUGAUAUCAAAACUAAACAUCUGUAAAUUUAUAUUUAAGUAAGUUUGUACUGAAAACAAACUUUAUUCAAAAACUAUUUUGUAGACGAGCAGUAAAUUUCCAAUGUGUUUUAUCUUCUUAAUAAAAUGGCAAUUAGCAUUA